AUGGCUCUGGAAGAAAAGCAAAUGCCACUGACCGAGAUCGAUGAAGAGUCAAUUGUCAGCAACCAGCCAUCUGCCGAAAUAAAAAACACUGCCAACAAAAUCGCUCCGGAGACACGGAAUAGCUGGUUUCCGUCAUUCCGCUCAAUUUUCCCAUCGUUGUUUUCUAAGGGACAACCCGGAACGACAGUCACACGGUUAUUCGACAAUGUACCUGGAUAUCCAAGAAUUGCAUUGAUCGGGUUAGAUUGGGGAGGAAAGAGCUUGUUGAUGGAAAAGUUCUUAUCGUCCCGGAGCAAAGAUAUCCAUCGCAUCAUGCCUACUAUCGGUACCAUCGUGGAGAUGGUUAGAUCAGAAACAGCGUCGUUUCAUACAUAUGAUAUUGGAGGUUGUCGGCCGAAAUCCUACAGGCUCUUUGACCGAGCCAUGUUCAGAGAAGCGGAAGCAGUUGUUUUCGUCAUUGAUGCAAAUGACCGAGAUCGGGCCUUGGAGGCCCGUGAAGAGCUGAUGAUGGAAGGGCUCCUGGAUCCUCAAGGGAUGCGCAAAGAAACGCCUUUACUUAUUUUGGCAAACAAACAAGAUAUUCCGUCGCAGAAUGUAUUUGCAACUACAGCCACCACAGGGGAGGGCAUAGAAGAUGCUUUCAGAUGGCUCGCAUCAAUCCUAACUGAGAGAAACAAUAAUGAAAAGACGUCAAACCCGACAGGCCAGGACCAAUGUGGAACCAAAAGGCCUACGCCAGAGGAAGAAAUCCAGAACAUCUGGAAGACCUGCACUUUUGUGAAGAACAAGCCGAAACCAAACACGUACGCCGCCAACACGGCCUUGGUGAUUGGCUUCGUGCCAGGCCUUGUGGGCAUCAACGCGCUGCUCCGACCCGGCCAUACGCUCUCCCUCAUGGGAUUCCCGAGCCCUCCAGAGGCCGGUGGCCGAAAAUUGUCGCAUUCACUGGUUCAGAUGAUGGCCUCGCGAAAUAUAUCGAUGAGCCUGACCACCAUCACGCUGUGGUUCGUGGCUGAUCAAGAAACCUUGGGAUAUCUGAUGCUGGCGCAGGCUCCGAUCGCGCUUAUUGACGGCUUCAUUAGCCGAUGGCAGGUUGAGGGCAUGGAAUGGGGACAUUGGAUAGCUGUUCCGAUCAGCGUUGGUUUGGGUGCUCGAUUGAUCGGAUGGAUUUGA